GAAAGAAAGAGACAGAGAGGGUGGGAGGGAAAGGGAGAGAAAAAAAGAGCGAGAGAAAAAAAAGAGAGAGAGAGAGAGAGAGACUCGUGCUUGCGAUCGUGCCGCGCACUAAAGCACGCAUUUCCGAGAGCGCGAGCUCGAACGCGCAACGGCGAGGAUUAGAACACGAGAACGAAUAGAAAGGACCGUGACCAAGACGACUACGAGACGAGGACGAGACGAGACGAGACGAGGACGAGACGAGACAAGGACGAGACGAAACGAGACGACACGAGACGAGACAAGACGGAAACGUGCCGGUGACGCGGACAACCAAUUUUCGAAUCGAAACGCCAUACGACGACGCGACGAAAUACGUAUGGACGUCGAGAGGACAAAGAGGAGGAACGUUUUCACGAUGCUUUCGGGCAUGCGGAGCUUUCAGCUCUGACAUGCGUCGGGAGCGGACUCAAGCUCGACGACACUCCUGCCGCCGCCGCCGCCGCCGCUGCUGCUGCUGCUGCUGCUGCUGCUGCCGCUGCUGCUGCUGCUGCUAUUGUUGCUGCUACUCUUCUCCUUUUACGUGCGCCAUCGAGUUUUCCUCCUACGAGGGCUUUCUUCAAAGGCAACGACGACGACGACGACGUAUCGUCGAGUGAACCUCCGGGGAUUCGCUAGGUUGGAAGCUCACGCGAGUGCUUCUAGAAGUUGCCCGAUAAAUUCGAACGCGCCAUCGAAAGAGAAUUGCUCUUCUACUUUUUAUUAUUUUUCCGCGAUAACACGUAACAUCUUUCGAUACAUUUCUUUGAUUCGCCGAUACAGUUAAUUAUGUGAAAAAGCUCCGACAAUAGUAAGAGAGGAAUAUUGCGCGCAUUCCGUUCUAGUACGAUACGAUUGAAAGCUCGUUGCUUUUUGUACAGCGAACGGUGGGAAAGGCCGAUAAAAAGGAAAAGAAAGACAGAAAGAAAUAAAAAGGAAUAGAGAGAAAAAGAAAGAGAGAGAGAGAGAGAGAGAGAGAGAGAGAGAAAGAGAGAGAGAGAGAGAGAGAGAGAGAGAGUGAGAGAAAGAAGGGCUCUCGUAAUUUUAAACACACGUUUGGGCCCUUCGAUAUUCUUUUUUUAUCGUACUACCCGACGCCGUCCUUCAUCGUUGUUCUUCACAUUUUUUAUCCGUCGAGACGCGCCGAAUCAUAUAUCGGUCAGGAAUUUUUUUCAAUGGUACAUGGUUUAUAGAGAUUUUUUCUCCUUAUCGGUGAUGAUCCCAAGAGUGCCGCUCUUUUUCGGCUGAUCGCCAAGAUCAGCCGCACCGGCGUUCCGCGCGCAGAGAAUACGUUACGUAUAUAUUAAACAACAUUACGUAUCGUAUGAUUUGAAAGCGUGCUCGAGCUCGAGAUGAAGAGAGAAGUGAUAUUAUCACAAGCGAUAUCCUGCUGAAUCAUGAGAAAAUAUAUAAUAAAUACUAUAUAAGAAAGAUUUCUUCGUCCUAACGAAAAUUCGAUGGAACUCUGAGAAUCAAAGGACAUCUCGUUCCAACAUGUCGUCCGUUUUCGUUAUUACUACUUUUACGUGAAAAAAGAAGGGUGAAGAAGAAAGUAGGAAAGAGAUCGCAGCUUGCGAGCUCGUUAACUCGAGAAUGUAGUCAAGAAGAGAAGAGGAAGAUAGCGAUCGAAGAAAGGAUUCGUGUCGAGAAUGCUGGAAGACGAGUUCCUCCAGUGUUUUCGAGAGUUUAGCUGUUUGAGUCUGUGUCGUUCAAGGACGAAUCUUUGUCAAGGUCGAUCCUAACGCCUAGACGGCGUGAAGAUCGAAGAAAAGAAGUAGAAGAAGGAGAAGAAGAAAGAAAGAAAGUAGGAGAGGAGGAAUGCAGUGGUACGAUGUGGAGGUUCGAGGUCAAUCUCGAGUCUAAUAGGAUAGGGAAUCGUGAUAUCGUUGUGGUCGGCGUCACUUUCGAUGUCACUCUCGUCAUCGACGGCAGAGGUUUGCCGUUGAGAAGAGAGUACUGCCAGUGUUCGGGCGCUUCCAUCAUCGUCGAUGACUUUGGCGAACGAGGAACGCCGAGCGAGAAGCAGCCUCGAGCAUACGAUGAGCUUCGUUAGAGAUCCUAGAAGGAAUUUUCGAAUUAAAUGCGAUCUUGGUGAGAUCGAGAAAUAAUACUUGCAGGUGAUAGAUGAUAAGAGGAGAAAAAGAGAGAUAGAAAAGGAGAGAAAGAGAAAGUGAGAAAAAGAGAGAGAGAAAAGAAAGAUUCCACCAUCGAGCAUGGCCUCGGUGGCAGCGUGGCUGCCAUUCGCCCGUGCGGCGGCGAUCGGUUGGGUGCCGAUCGCCACACACCCACUGCCACCGCCGCCGAUACCGAAGGAUCGUCGCAAAGCCGACGAUGAGAAGCUCCUUAUUAACGUAAGCGGUCGUAGAUUCGAGACGUGGAGAAAUACACUUGAAAAAUAUCCGGACACGUUGCUCGGUUCGAACGAGCGCGAGUUCUUUUAUGACGAGGAGAGCAAGGAGUAUUUUUUCGAUCGCGAUCCGGACAUUUUUCGUCACAUAUUGAAUUACUACAGAACCGGUAAGCUCCACUAUCCGAAACACGAAUGUCUGACGAGCUAUGACGAGGAGCUCGCUUUCUUCGGUAUCCUACCGGAUGUGAUAGGCGACUGCUGUUAUGAGGAUUAUCGCGAUCGCAAACGCGAAAAUGCGGAACGUCUGAUGGACGACAAACUCAGCGAAAACGGCGAUCAGAAUCUUCAGCAGUUGCUCGAUAUAAGACAAAAGAUGUGGCGAGCCUUCCAAAAUCCACACAUCUCAACCGCGGCGUUGGUCUUCUACUACGUUACCGGUUUCUUCAUCGCCGUGAGCGUGCUGGCGAACGUGGUGGAAACCGUGCCAUGCGGCAAUAGACCUGGUCGUGCGGGUACACUUUCAUGCGGCGAACGAUACAAGAUCGUCUUUUUCUGCCUCGACACCGCCUGUGUCAUGAUCUUCACCGCCGAAUACUUGCUCAGGCUUUUCGCCGCGCCAAGUCGUUGCAAGUUCGCGCGAUCGGUGAUGUCGAUCAUUGACGUAGUCGCUAUACUGCCCUAUUACAUCGGUCUUGGUAUAACCGACAACGACGACGUUUCCGGCGCUUUCGUAACUUUACGCGUCUUUCGCGUAUUCCGAAUCUUCAAGUUCUCCAGGCACUCCCAGGGCCUCAGGAUUCUUGGUUACACCCUAAAGUCCUGCGCAUCCGAACUUGGCUUUCUUGUAUUCUCCCUCGCCAUGGCCAUCAUCAUCUUCGCCACCGUCAUGUUCUAUGCGGAGAAGAACGUUGACGGUACGAACUUCACCUCGAUACCUGCUGCCUUCUGGUACACCAUCGUUACGAUGACUACGCUGGGGUACGGUGACAUGGUUCCGAAAACGAUCGCGGGAAAAAUCGUCGGGGGUGUAUGCUCCUUGAGCGGUGUCCUAGUGAUCGCUUUACCGGUACCUGUUAUCGUCAGUAAUUUCAGCAGAAUAUAUCAUCAAAAUCAACGUGCCGAUAAAAGGAAGGCACAGAGGAAAGCGAGGUUGGCUCGCAUCAGAAUCGCUAAAGCAUCAAGCGGUGCAGCCUUUGUCAGCAAAAAGAAAGCGGCCGAAGCACGAUUGGCUGCGCAGGAGAGUGGCUUGCAGUUGGACGAGAACUACAAGGAGGAGGAUAUUUUCGAAUUACAACAUCAUCAUUUACUUCGUUGUUUAGAGAAGACGACGGAUCGCGAGUUCGUGGAAAUGGAGGUGCCCUAUAAUGGUGCCCCAAAGAGGCCAGGUUCGCCGUCACCAUUGACGUCACCUGCCCACAGCACUGCCUCGAGAGGCGGCCUCCUGCAGUCCUGUUGCGGUCGCUGCUACCCUCAGCGUUACCAGAGCUUGUCCUAUCAGCUCACCUCGAACGAGAGCAAGGAUAGAGUGGUGCUCGUAUAUGGCGACCGUAUACAAGUGCGGAAAAAGGACCUAAAGAAGCGCGGUUCCCACACCUGUGACAUGCAGGCCCUACAGCCACUUCCGGUCCCCACCACCACAACCAACACCGCGCCUGCCAUGACUACUUCCGGUGGGCAGCCACCGCUUCCGCUUUCGGAGACCGCUUGAGUACGAUCGAGACCAAUCACGAUCACCAUAUCCGCUAAUAAGAUCACCUAUAACUAUCAUCGUUCUUCUCUACCGAUUGCUUCGAGAAAUAACCAUGGCCAUCUGGCCAUGAAUACGUAAAGAAAGAACGAAUACACGAGUCGACGAGAUAGAAGUUUCGAAAUGUCUACUACUACCCGGGAGAAAUAAUCGAGAGAUUAUUUGAAAAAAUGAGGAAAAAUCGACGAGAAGUUUCUCAAGAUAUAUCAUCGGAUCAAGAAUGGAAUAUUCAAGCAAGAUAAAAAUUGAGAGAAUGGAAUUGAUACGAUUUAACUACGAUCCAAGAUCAACGAUUGAUUCUUCUUGAAGAAAUUUUGUAUUGGAUCUCGUCGAUGAGACUAUAUGCACUGUUAAUUUUUAUUUCUAAUAUACAUGCACAUAUACACACAAAUACACACACAUACACACACAGAGAUGAUUUUGAUUCCGGCGAGAAAAGAUAGAAAAAGAUUGAAUCGAUGAUUUUGCAUAGGGAUCUUAAUAGCGAGAUUAAACGUCCAAAACGUUUCAACGGUGACCAUAGAAAUUCACGGUCUCGUUGUAACCUUUCGAAAAGAAAUUCUUCGCGUUUGACUUCGCGUUUACAGAAAUUUUCAUUGGACCGUAUGACAGAAAUUAUAAUGAUAAUACGUUAAUACUUUAGAUCCAGAAAGUCACUCGCAAAGGAUUACUAUAGAAUUUCCAAGAAUGAUGAUUCGAACGAAUUGAAUUUCUACAUUGAGUUUGAAUCAUUAUUCGGGAUUCGUUUUAUCGAUGUUAAUUAUAUCGACAUUCAUCGACGUUCGAUAUAUUAUGAUGUUGUUUGCGCGCUUCUCUGUAAUUUGUUUAUCUUAUCAGAAAAGGAUGUAGGAAGAAGAUAGAAAAAAAGAAUGAGAUCUAAUUCUUAAUAAAAUGAAUCGAUUCUACCUACGAGAGGAAAGAUAGACAAGUUGCGAAAUGAGAAAAUGGCACCAUAAUAUGCCUUACUCCGAGUCGUAUAGUUAUUUUUCAUAUCUCGCAAAAAGUUUUAGAUAUAUUCGAUAAUCUCAAACGUGGUGAGAUCGUGACGAUCUUACGAAUAAUUCGUAUGUGAAUGAUAUAUAUUAAUAAAUCUAUGUACUUAUUUUUGUUGAUUAGGCGAUCGGGCUUCGGGUCGAACUUCGUCGUUUCCUUAAAAAGAGAAAUUUUUCACCGUUUCUUAAUUCCUCAUUUUCUCUUGAUGCAUGUAUAACUAAUUACUUAUUAAUAUUUAAUAUAAUAUCGAAAAUUAAAAUUUUUCAUAAUUAUCAAUCGUUUUUUAAGAUGUCAUUAAAAGCGUAUGCAAAUAUGCAGGUACAGUGUGUCUUAAAAUUUAAAAUAUCUAUUUUAAUGAAAUCGGCUGAAUUUAUAAAGAAGAAGAAGAAAAAAAAAAGAAAAGAAUUCACAUAAAUUUAUAUUUAUUACUUAAUUAUGAUUCAAAAAAUGAUUUAUAUAUUUUAACUCAAAAUUUUAUUGAUUAAUAUCUGCCAUGUUCAAUAUGUGCUAUAUCUUUAUAUCUGCAAAUUUUAAAUCUAUCCUUAGGGUUGCGAAAAAAAAAAACACAUUUUGUAAUUGUUAUUUUGUAUAUGUCGAGUCUUCCAAUGACUUCCGUAAUUGAACAAUUGCCGUACUUAUUUGAUACCAAUUGUUUGUUAUGUGCUGUUCUCGUUUUCUUCCUACCUCGUCCGGAUAUGAAUCCAAUUCUUUUAAGUUUUCUUCACAAGUUCACGAAUCGCAUUGUCUAUAGAAUGAUUUCAUUACAUUGCACUCAUUUGAUAUGGGAUAUUAUAGCAAAGAUGCAUUCUUGUGUAUUUAUUGUUAGAAUUUUGAAUGUGAAUGAGAAUAAAAUUUGAAAAUUUA